ACUAAGCGCUCGAGAGAUAUGUCAACAGAAACUGAGGAUCACUUCCUGACAAUGCUGCUGUCAACCUGAAGAAUAAAGAGCUGCAUUUUACUACUGGCCAUUAUAUCUUCAUUUUAUGAGCAUUCAAUGAAGGAAUAAUAUCUCAUCAUGGCAGAGAACCCACUUUCGGGUGUAAAUGUCGUGCUCGUGAUGGCCUACGGCAGCCUGGUGUUUGUGCUGCUGUUCAUCUUUGUGAAACGGCAGAUUAUGCGCUUUGCUAUGAAGUCUCGAAGAGGACCGCACGUGCCACUGGGUCAUAACGCCCCCAAGGAUCUGAAAGAAGAGAUUGACUCCCGUUUGUCAAAAGUGAAUGAUAUUCGCUAUGAGCCAAAUCUGCUCUCUAAGGAGGAUGACCGGCUAAAGCAUCAGGGCCAGAAUGGCUGUUAUAAUUAUCUCUUUAGAAUGCAAGCAUUAGAUGCCAUCAGAGACUCAGAUAUCCCAUUUCACGAGAUGUGUCGCAGUGCCAGUGCUCUGACUGGACGGCGCUACAGGAACUGGCUACUGGAUCUGCGCAACUCUCACUCUCCAUUUAAGACAAGUCACUGUGCACUCAUAGAACGCUUGCUAGAGGGAUACGACAGCGCUCGCCAUGGAACUGGGGUGUUUGGUGAGACAGAGUUUGUAAAGUAUAAGGAAGACCUGGCUGAACUGGCUGCUGUUGUGAAGACCUACUCCAGCAGCACCAGUCUAAACCAGCAGCACCAGUCGGCAGCUAAAGAUCUGACCAGCUCCCCCGGCCCCUCGUCUGCUUCUACCAUUCAGGUGACAUACCUGCCCUCCAGCAGCCAGCGCAGCAAGAGGCCUAAACACUUCCUUGAGCUCAAAAACUUUAAAGACAAUUACAACACUUUGGAGAGCACACUUUAGGAGACUAAACCAUUUGAUUUACUACUGUGUAAAUAUAAUGCAGAGAAUGUUAAUCAAAAGGUCCUUCUUGUAGAAUUGAACACAGGUCGGAGAUUGACAGAGACUGUGUUUUUAAAGUUUUACAGUAAACCAGGGUGUUAUGAGAAAGCUCCAAAGCGAAUGGAAGAUGUGGAAUGGCGAGUGGAACUGAGGAUGACUGAAAUUAUGAAAGAACAUAUGACAUCAAGUAUCACUGCUUUGAGGAGAGCAAUGCAUUUUGGAGUGUUUCGUCUGUAGAAUGAUGUGUUCCUAGCAGAGAUCCUAGUCAUAAGAAUAAAAAAAAUGUUUUGUUUAUGUUAAAGGGAUAGUACUCACGAUUUACUCACCCUCAUAUUGGUCGAAAUCUGUAUGACAUUUUUAAGUUUAAAUAUGUUAGGCAGUAUGUUAGCUGCAGUCACCAGUAACUUUCAUUGCAUCUUUUGUUUUCCUUACUGAGGCUUUUCUGCUUAAAAGGAUAGUUUACCCAAAAAUUAAAAUUCUCUUAUUAUUUACUCAUCCUUAUGAUAUCCCAGAUGUCUAUGACUUUCUUUCUUCACCAGUACACAUUUGAAGAAAAGUGGGUAGGUGUUAAAAUGCAAGUGAAUGGAGAUUUCUCUUUUGAAGCUCCAAAAAUCACAGACAGUCAGCAUAAACAUCAUCAAUACAACUCCCAGCAGUUAAAUUAAUAUCUUCUCAAGCGAUACGCUAAGAUAUAACUUUUGGUGUGUAAAAAGUACCAUAUUUAAAAAAUAUAUUUAAGUACUUAACGAUAAUCCAACAUGAGGGUAAGCUUCACGAGAGGGUGAAGUCCUCGCGGCCUCUUGUGUGUCGUAUUUGCGUUGCCAUGAUACCGCUGUAAUCUCACAUUCUCCGCUUGGUUGAGACAUCCAGGAUAAGCACACCAUUGUGAGUAAACAAACAAGUAAUACAGAUCUAAACCAAAACCAACCAAGCUACUGUACAGCAUUCCUCCUCCUCACUUUUAAACAGCGCUGCUCUUCCGGCUGUGACUUUAGUGUGUCAGUUCUCAUGUGUUUCAAAUGCCAAUACAAUUACAUCAAAUGCAUGUACCGCUUGUGACCAGGAGCAUGUCAAAAGAAAAAGUACUUAAAUAUUUAUCUUUUUCGCACCAAAAACAAUCGUGUCACUUUAGGAGGCAUUCAUUUAACAGCUGGUGUCGUAUGGAUGAAGUUUAUGCUGUCUGUGAUGUUUGGAGCUUCAAAAGAGAAAUCUCUAGUCAACUGCAUUCUAAGGACCAGCUAAAAUAUUUUUCUUCAAAUGUGUUCUGUUGAAGAAGGAAAGUCAUGCCCACAUGGGAUAUCAUGAGGGUGAUUAAAGACACUAGAAAAAACACUAGAAUUUCAUGUUUGUUAAAAGUCAUAGCCACAGAUUCCCAACAGUCUUAUAUCAGAACAGCCUUUAUAUGAACUGGAAGAGGAAAUUUCACAUUCUCAUUGUCCAAUGAGCAACAAAAAAGCAGUCCCAUAAGUUUUCUGGUACAAACGCUGGGAUUCUAAAUGGCUAUACAAGCAUGCACUGAUGGAGCAGAAUAAACUGAAAAGUUCCUUUACAUGCCAGUUAAUGCUCUGGGUUGCUUACCUGAGAAGAGUUGUGCAGGCCAGAUGCAAUGAGGUGAGAAUAUUUAUUUGCCAUUGAUUGUCCACUUUUCUUUAAGUGCAAUUUUAAUCUUUGAUUUGUUAAUGUAAAUGUGCAUAUAGAAUGAGGAAUGUAAUCUGAGUCAUUAAUUGAUACGGUUGUGAUGUACUGUAGGUUGAUGAGAUACGAGAGGCUGUGUGUACACUGACUUUCGCUGUAUUAUAAAGUCCAUCAG